AGACAGCUUUUGCCAAAUGACACAAUAAUGGGACCCUCAGUGCUUAUGAUCUUGGGGUUUCUCCUGAGUCAAGCACUCAGCUCAGAUAUGCAGGAUUACCAUGACAUGACCAUCGAGCGUGACGUGACUGGCGUCCUCGGGGAGGAUGUGUACCUGCAUUGCCUCUACCCAGGUAACGACAAUGACACGCUGAUCAUGUCCAGCUGGAGUCGCCUUGGAAGCAAAAAGAAGCUGGCGGUUUACUCCAGCCAGAAAAGCAUCACCUCAGAAGGCUUCUCUGCGCUAUCGUCACCUAGCAACCUGACGGUGAGGAUGCGGGUACUGAGUCUGGAUGCAGAGGGGAAGUACACCUGUGAGUUUGUUUCACUGGAGGACCAGGUGAAGAAACAGGUCUCCCUCACUGUCUUGGUCAGGCCUGACGUUACUGUUGAAGUGGAGGAGGAGACUCAGAGUGGCACCCACUACCAGUCUGUGAGCUGCUCCACCACCAACGCCAAACCGGAACCGCAGAUCAGCUGGGAGAUCGGCGACAGGAACGCCAGCGACGUCAUCUUCUCCGUCCAGAAAGAGAGCGUCCAUCAUGCCAACGGUACCCUGGACCUCACCCAGGUCCUCCGCUUCCCCACCCACCUGAAUGAUGAGGGCACUGUAGUGUGCGUGGUGCAGCACCCGGCCCUGCCUGAGCCAAGGAGAACGGCGGCUCUGGUGCAAACCUUUGUUGCUCCAGACAUAACCAUGGAAACAGGCCUGGUGGUGGAGUCUGGGGAUGGAGGAGAGAGAACGUUGCGGGUUGUCAACUGCACCGCUAUGGGAGGGAGACCUCAACCCGAAAUUGCAUGGAGACUGCCUGGAGAGGAAAACACACUCUCGGCCCGGGUGUGGAGCGAUGAUGGCGUGUUUAUCAGUUCGGUUUCACUCCCUGCUGGGGGUCAUGAGGGGGAGAACGUAACCUGUGUCGUCAGCCACCCGAAGCUCACCAGAAAUGCCAGGACACUGACUCUGCCCAGCUACUAUCUGUCCUCUAUUCAGCUGGUAGUGAACUCCAGCACAGAGAGUGGCACUGCCCUGGAGUCACUUCUCCUGGAGGAGGGGGAGCCUGGCAAGGCCUUGGCACUGGAAGUUUUGGGGGACGUGCCAAGCUAUCAGACUGAGUGCACCAAGGAUAGGGCGUCUCUUCCUCAUGGUGUGGAGUUGUUAGGCGGUGUUCUUAGUUUCAGAGGGCCCAUGGCUCUGUGCUAUGCUGGGCUUUAUGAGUGCCGAGCCUCCUUCUACAAACACACAGCAUCUGUUCAGCUGGACGUCAGUGUUAAACCAGGAAUUCAGGCACCUAUUCUUGUAGUUCCAAACAUAAAGAUGAAAACCUGGAGAGAGCUGGACAGCGUCAUCUUUGAGUGCUCGGCCUUGGAUGCAGUCCCUUCCCCGAAUGUCUCCUGGUCCCUGCCCCCAGAUUUGACUGGAGAGAUGGCACUAAAUACGUCGUCGCGUAACGGAUCUGACAGUGCCACAGCCACUCUGACCCUGUCCGCCUGUUUGCCUGUGGAGCGCACAGUGCUGUGUCUAGUGGAGCAUCCUCUGUUUGAAGACCCAGAGAGCAGAGAGAUAACGCUGCCUGCUUGUGCUCGUCCUAACAUCACGGUGCAGUCCGGCGUCGUGUGGGAGCAGGGCUCGGCCUACGCGGAGGUGGAGUGCAGGGUGGAGAGCGUGAGACCCAGAGCCAACGUCUCCUGGUGUGUGGAGGACAGCCCCUAUGACGGCAGCGAUGUGGAUCUCCUGGGCAAGGAGGACCGAGCUGAAGGUGUGGAGGGGCUGGUGGUGACCAGUGUGCUGCAGCUGCCCUUUGCCGAGUACCUGGGCAAGAGUGUGGUCUGCGUGGUGAGGCAUCAGAGUCUGCUGGACCCAGAGAGGAGGGUGGUCCAGGUUCAGCCUACAGAGCCCGCAGAGACCCGUGCCAUCCUGGUGACCGAGUACGACUUCCCUCGUUUGCGUGCCGUGUGUGUAUACUCUGGCCAAUCAGGCAGUGUCAACAUCACCUGGCUCCUCCCUGACAAUAACACUGCAGAGAGAGUGGUUUCAUCCUCGGUCCGUGAGGGGUCAAAGUUCAGAGCCAACGCCUCUUACGAGUUCCCCCUGGAGCGUCACGAGGGCAGAGCCCUGACCUGCAUAAUACACCAGGAGCACGGCCCAGUGGAGAGGAGGGUAGUUCAGGUCCCUCUGUACUAUAUCUCCUCUGUGAGUGUGAUGAACAAAACCACUCGUGUUUACGGCGAAGAAGUAGUGCUGCACCGAGUGGCCCUGAGGCAACAUCUCUCCCACCAGAAGAUACUUCUCCGAGUCAACGGCAAUGUUCCCAACAGCCAGAUCGUCUGUUCCAGGAGUGACAGCUCAGCUGCACCAUCAGUGCAAGACACAUCAGCGCUGAGCAGCGCUCUGGUGUUCCCCAUGGCCGUUUCUCAGCGGGAGGCGGGCCAGUACGUCUGCCGAGCCUCCUUCCACCACCACAGCGCCACGGUCUACAUCCUGGUGGAGGUGACCAGCGAGGAGGCUGAACACAUGACCUUCAUCAGCAUCUGCUUCUCCACUGCCCUUGCCAUCAUACUCAUCGUCAUCGUCACCCUGUGUGUUUUCUGCAAGAGACACGGCCACCCUGCUGAGAAGGAAAACCGUAAGAAACUCGAGUCCAUUUCCACCCUGACAUCUCUCAUGCAUGACCCGCGUUCUCCGGAGCUGAAGAAAGCUGCACUGCCAGGGGUGAGAGGUCACCAGUACGCUGAGCUGGUCUCCAUCAUCCUGGUGGAGAAGACCACCGUUUGAGUUUUUGCAUAACAUCGCAGAAGUACUUCUGAUUUCCUACAGAAAUACAGUAAAGUUUGAGAUCAGCCAGUUUGAGGUCUUUGCAAUGUAUGGCUGUUGACCACGUGUCACAGUCGGCUUCAUACAUUCAAUUACUUUUUUUUCUCUUUCGAAAUGAUCUCCAUUAUUCUUGUGGAGAAGUUCACGAGUUGAGAGCAGGUGUUUUGGCACUUUCACAUGACAUCAUGAAUUAAUUACUGACUGGGCUUUUGUGUCCCUCCUGAGUUUGAAUGUGAUCAGUGUUGAGGUGGAGGGGACAUCCAUGUUCAGAGAUGUGAAGCAGAUUUAUUAAAUGCAUGAGAGCUGAAGAAGGCCUCACUGCCAGAGUGUGCUUCUCCUCGUGGAGAAGGCUGCAGUUUGAGAGUUUUUCGGUAAAAACAUCAUAGGAGUAAUACUGAUUUCUACCCAAAAUUAAAAUGAAGUUUACUGUUUAACACAGAGUUUGAAAGAGUUUUGUACAUGUUUUUUUGCACCGCAUUGCUUUAUUAGUUCAGCAGUUGUUUUUCCUGUUUUGGGCUGACCUUGGUCCUUCUAUCCUUGUGGAGAGGCAUGAAGAAGUCUGUUUGAGAGCAGAGUUUGAAAAGGUUUUCUACUUCUUUUGCACAAUAUGGCUGUUGACCAUGGAAGUGUCACAGUUGGCUUUAUACAUUCAAUAGUUUUUUUUUCUGUUUUGAGAUCCUUCUCCAUAGUCCUCAUGGAGCCCAACUCCACUGUUUGAGAGCAGGUGUUGCUGAGUUUUUAAAUAAUAGCACAGAGGUACUACUGAUUUCCACUCAAAAUAAAAAUUAAGAAGUUCAGUUUGUGAGCAGAGAUUGAAAGAAGUUUUUUCAUUGUUUUUUUGUUUGUACUGUCGACCACACAAAUGUCACGGACAGCUUUAUCCGUUCAAUUGGUUGCUUUUAUGCUAAAGUUGAUCUCCAUUAUGCCUGUGAGACCUGAAAGUCUAAGAAGGUGUUUUUUUUUAGCUUUUGCAUGGCAUCAUAGUUGUAUUACUGAUAUCCAAUCAAAAUGGCAGAUGUGUUUGUGUCCAUUUUGGGUUUGAAUGUGAUUGGUAUUGAGGUGGAGGGAACAUCCAUCAGGCACUGUUUAGAAAUGUGAAGCAGAUUUAUGAUAUGCACAAGAUAUGCUUUUGUUGAGCCUUGAUCUAUUUUUGUAUUCUAUUUUGCAAAGAUUGCAUUACAUAGUAUUUGUACUGUUCCUCACUGUUUUGUAGGUGUGUAGGUCAGAUUCAGGAGAUUGAGAUAUAUUUGUAGGUUUUUGUAUGCUUUGCACAAUGUAGCAGGGAUUUUUUGUCAAUUUCAGCAUAUUUUUGAAUGUAGGUUUAUGAUGAAAGGAUUUAUUGUGUUUCAUUUUCAUUUUGUAUUUUCUACAUGCAAAUGUUUACAAGGUAUACAGCAUUAUUUUCUUUUGCGUGCUGCUUGAAUUCCAAUGUAUUUUUGUACAAUGUAUAACUGUACAGCAGUAUUAGUAUUCAGCAGAUAUUCAAUAAAGUUCAUCAUGAUGUAAA